UUGGGGAACAGCAUGUGGACACUUUGUUGCUCUAUACCUGUCAAGUUGUGGUUGGUUCCUAUCCACGAAAGUGGCCGUUUUCAUUCAAACAUAUCCGCUCUGUCUGGAAACAGUAAAUUAACUCCGUGUCGGAACAAUGCAUUUAAUAAAGGAGCUACGUAUACAUGUCUUUACAACAUUGUUCGUGCUGAUCUGUAUUGUACUACAAUGCGAUUGUCGAGAAACUGAAUUCAACUAUGUCACCUGCGGUUCCUUAUUGAAAUUACUCAACACACGGCAUAACGUUAGACUCCACUCCCAUGAUGUCAAAUACGGUUCAGGGAGCGGGCAGCAGUCGGUCACGGGGGUGGAGACGGUGGAGGACUCCAACAGUUACUGGCGGAUCCGCGGCCGAGCUGCUGAGCCCUGCCAGAGGGGGGCGCCCAUCCAGUGCGGGCAGUCUAUUCGCAUCACGCACGCCAACACGGGACGCAACCUCCACACGCACCACUUCGUCUCCCCGCUCUCCGGCAACCAGGAGGUCAGCGCGUUCGGCGAGGAUGGGGAAGGAGACGACCUGGACGUUUGGACGGUGGUGUGCAGUGGCGCCCUCUGGGGGCGCGACGAGGCGGUGCGCUUCAAACACCCGGGAACCAGCGUGUUCCUGAGCAUCACCGGGGAACAGUACGGCCAUCCAAUCAGGGGCCAGCGCGAGGUCCACGGCAUGCACACGGCCAAUCACAACAACUACUGGAGGGCCAUGGAGGGCGUGUUCAUCAAGACCAGCCUGGAUCUGCCACGACAUGAUGAACUCUGAAAUGCUAGCUUUUGUUUUUGUCUUUUUCCUUUUUUUUUUCUUUUGCUUCAUUACAAAGUAUUGUCCUGAGAAUAUUUGAAUAUUUACUUGGCUUUCAUCAUGCCCAAGGCAUACUCUGGUUUCAGAAGCCAUACUGUGGACCACUGCAUAUAGAGUUGUAAAGACUUCUGUCAGUAAAGAUGUUAUGGGUGGAUUUGUAUUUUUAUUUUUAUUUUUUGCGUGAAAUAGUUGUAAACUGGAUGAUUGUGUAAAAAAAACAAAAAAAAAAAACAAAUUUACCUUAGGAUGAAAAGUGACUUUCCCAAAAUUCAGGGAAAAUACAUCAUACAUCGCAUACAUACGCGAUUAGCUCAGCUGCAUUUUAAGAUUAGAAAAUACAAUUUUGCUCUUAUUCAUAUGAACAAAUGCCAUAUUUGAGACAUAUUCCCACUUGCAUUUCUCCAGCAAUGACCAUUGAGACCAUUCGCAUUGUUUAAUUUAAUUUCUAUAUUAUAAAAUUUUCAGCUUUUCGUUGCCAUGUUUUGGUUGGCUCUGAAUGUUUUAACAUAUAAUGCAUUCCCACAAUGCUCCCUGUUCCAGAGCCCCAUGAAGCACAUGGGGAUUAAACAGAAUCAUCUCUUUUUUAACCAAGCAUAUAGUAUAUAUGCUAUAUAUAUUAUUUUAGUAUAUUAUUUUAGGUUUUUUUUUGUUGUUGCAAAUAAGUGCUGUGCAGACAAUAUUUUAAUGACAGAAUUUUACAAGAGUAUUUAUAAAACAGGUCAACUUGUCAGUCAGGAGUGAGCAUCCAAUCAGCAGAUAGGUGUGAGCUCCUCCCAACUGUCCAGUAUCCAAUCAGAACUUGGGUCAGCCCCUCCUACAGUGCUGCUCCCGUGCUGACUGGCUGGCUGCCUUGCAGGAUUGGAUUGGAUGGGAUUUUUUUUCUCGGUUGUCGAUUGGAUUGAAUGUUGGACAACAAGAAAUGAUUGGGCAUUACAAAUAUCAAAGAGGGAAAUAUGUUAUUUUUUAGUACAGGUGUACGAUAAAUUACCUUCAUCGGUUAUAACCAAUUAUUGUUAUCAAUAUCAUUUAUAAUAUAAUGUGAAAACAAUGGACAGAAAAUGUUUUUGAAGAAAUGCAUGAUGAAAAACAUUGAUAGGAAAAAAAAUGCAUUUUUUAAAUCUAAAUGAUAGGAAGUCAUGUUGACAUGACCUUGAAGAGAUUUGUGGUGCAGUGGAUAACGACACAUUUAUAAGGUUAUAGACUAAUAUAAAAAAAGAUUUUAGGGAGGCUGUUUUUUUUAUUUGUAUGGAUAGGAAAUCAUCCUUAUGUAACAGCCAUGGUGAAAUAUACAAAAAUAAACGUGUUUGAAAAAAAUUUGUAUGAAGAACACAGGAAAAUACGUAAGACUUGUGUCUAAAAAGUGAAAAAGCUGUUUCUUGAUUUAAAUAUACCAAAACAAUUUUUUAUGAAACAACCAUGGGGAAAGGAAUGAAUAUAAAUGUUUUUGAAGACAUUGCUGAUGAUUUUUUUUCCCCACUGGAAAGUAUAUAAGAUUAUAGUCUUAUGUCCAAAAAAUGAAGAUAAAACAAAAUAGGCAUGGAUAUAUAAUCUUAUCUCCAAAAACUGAGAAAUACAAUAAAACACAUAACAGGAAAUCAAAUUGAAUUUAUUCAGAUACACACGUAAUAUAUUUAAAUAAAUUCCUGAAGAAAAAUGUGUUCCUCUGGCAAAAAACCAUCAAAGUAUGUAAGACUUUAAUCUUUAAUCAGACUUUAGUCUGAAUGCGAAAUAAUUUUUUUAACUAAAAAGUCAUCCUUUCAUUUAGAUUGUUACAUAAGCAUCAUUUCCUAACAUUCACAGCUAAAUAUAUGAAUAAAAAUGUUUGAAGAAA